AUGGGCCACUUUCGGUUUGAUCGUCGGAAACGCUUGAUUGCUACAAUUGCAAUUUCAUUUGCAUUUUUCGUCGCAGAAAUUUCAGCUGGCUUUUAUACGCAUUCCCUUGCGCUGGUUGCCGAUGCUUUCCACUAUUUGAGCGACCUUUUGGGAUUCGUUGUAGCCUUGACGGCACUUCAGGUUUCCGAAGGCUCUACUCCCGCACCACCGGGGUACACAUUCGGAUGGCAGCGCGCUACCCUCUUGGGAGCCUUCUUCAACGGCGUUUUUCUUCUAGCACUCGGAAUUAGUAUUAUGGUUCAAGCGAUCGAGCGAUUCAUCAAUGUUUCCCCCAUCGAGAAUCCAAAACUCGUCCUCAUCAUCGGAUGUGUUGGGUUCGGGCUGAACGUGCUCGUCAUGUCAUUUUUGCACGAACACGAUCACGAUGACGGACAUAAUGCCGGAAACAGCCAUGACCACAGCCACGGCCACGGCCAUAGCCACGCCCAUGAUAAAGAAAGCCAGACUCAAAUAUCUGAAGAAGACGUUGAGUCUGAUAUCUCCGCCAGCGACAGUGACAAGGAGGGCUCGGAGAUCAGUUCAACCACUAGCCAUCUGGAACACAAACACAAAGUGACCGCUACGGCGCAUAAUCACAAAGAUCUAGGCAUGAUGGGCGCCUUUCUUCACGUGGUCGGCGAUGCGAUAAACAACGUUGGAGUCAUAAUUUCGGCUCUGGUAAUCUGGAGAGUGGAAGGAGAAAAGAGGUUCUAUGUCGAUCCGGCCAUUGGGGUGUUCAUUGCCAUCAUGAUCUUCUUCACCGCGAUACCAUUGACCAAAAAGGCCGGACGGAUUCUGAUGCAGACUGCGCCCGAGGAAAUUGACAUCAAAGACGUCAAGGAAGAUAUUGAGAUGAUACCUGGCGUUGACUCCGUCCACGAGCUGCACAUCUGGAAGCUUGACCAGAAGAAGUCGAUCGCAUCGGCACACAUCGUGGUGGAUGAUGGAUUUAGUGGCAAGUGGGCUAUAACUGCCAAAACAAUUCUGGAGUGCUUCCACGCGUACGGCAUUCACUCUGUUACGCUGCAGCCAGAGACGGCACCACUGGCCAAGCCACCUCUGGACAGCACAGCAGUUGCUUCGGAGAGGCCCCCAAUCAAGAACAAAGAAACCCGACGUUGCCAACAGCUGUGCAAUAGUUUCUGCGGUGCAAAGAGAUGCUGCCGAUGA